AUGACGGUCAUCCCACAGAUUUCAAUCAACGAUGGGAACUUGGUGGUUCAGGGAAAGACCAUUUUGACUGGAGUUCCAGACAACAUCGUGCUUACACCAGGGACUGGUGUUGGGCUCGUUGCUGGUGCUUUCAUUGGUGCCACUGCCGCUCAAAGCAAAAGCCUUCACAUCUUCCCCAUUGGUGUUUUAGAGGGUCUCCGUUUCAUGUGCUGUUUCCGGUUCAAGUUAUGGUGGAUGACUCAGAGGAUGGGGACAUGUGGGAAAGAUGUUCCAUUGGAGACCCAAUUCAUGCUUGUUGAAAGCAAAGGUGAUGGCGAAGGAGGUGAUGAAGAUGAUUCUUCUUCCCCUACCAUCUACACCGUCUUCCUGCCUCUGCUUGAGGGCCUCUUCCGUUCUGUUCUGCAAGGCAACGAGAGGAAUGAAGUCGAGGUUUGCCUCGAGAGUGGAGAUUCUGCUGUUCAGACCAAUCAGGGCCAGUGCCUUGUUUACAUCCAUGCUGGAACCAAUCCAUUUGAGGUUAUCACACAGGCUGUAAAGGCUGUGGAAAAACACAUGAAAACUUUUGUUCACCGUGAGAAGAAAAAGUUGCCUUCUUUUCUUGACUGGUUUGGCUGGUGUACAUGGGAUGCCUUUUACACUGAUGUCACAGCCGAGGGUGUGGAGCAAGGCCUUAAAAGCUUAUCCAAGGGUGGGACGCCUCCGCGAUUCCUUAUUGUUGAUGAUGGCUGGCAACAGAUUGAAAAUAAAGACAAGGAUACUGAUGCUGUUGUACAAGAAGGAGCACAGUUUGCAAGUAGGCUGACUGGAAUAAAAGAGAAUGAAAAAUUCCAAAAGAAUGGCCACAACAGUGAGCAAGUCUCCGGUCUGAAACACGUUGUGGAUGAAGCCAAGCAACAUCAAAAUGUGAAAUUUGUGUAUGUAUGGCAUGCUCUAGCUGGUUACUGGGGUGGAGUGAAACCAGCUGCUACUGGCAUGGAACACUAUGACACUGCUUUGGCAUACCCAGUGUCGUCCCCUGGUGUAACAGGAAAUCAACCAGACAUAGUUAUGGACAGCUUAUCUGUUCACGGCCUUGGUCUGGUACAUCCAAAGAAAGUUUUCAAUUUCUACAAUGAGCUUCAUGCCUACUUGGCUUCUUGUGGUGUGGAUGGAGUUAAGGUUGAUGUUCAAAACAUCAUUGAGACUCUUGGGUCUGGUCAUGGUGGUAGAGUUUCGUUGACCCGCAGCUACCACCAGGCACUUGAGGCUUCGGUUGCUCGAAACUUUCCUGACAAUGGAUGUAUCUCUUGCAUGUGUCAUAACACUGAUGGGCUCUACAGUUCCAAGCAGACUGCUGUGGUGAGAGCUUCUGAUGAUUUCUACCCCCGGGAUCCUGCUUCUCACACAAUUCAUAUAUCUUCUGUUGCUUAUAACACCCUUUUCCUUGGAGAAUUCAUGCAACCUGAUUGGGAUAUGUUUCAUAGUUUACAUUCGGCUGCAGAGUAUCACGGUGCAUCUCGUGCUGUUGGUGGAUGUGCAAUCUAUGUCAGUGAUAAGCCAGGCAACCACAACUUUGAUCUUUUGAGGAAGCUUGUCCUCCCUGAUGGAUCUGUCCUCCGUGCCCAAUUACCUGGCAGGCCGACCCGUGAUUGUCUCUUUGCUGAUCCAGCAAGAGAUGGGACCAGCUUGCUCAAAAUUUGGAAUGUCAACAAAUGCUCUGGUGUGGUCGGUGUGUUUAACUGUCAAGGUGCAGGUUGGUGUAAGAUUAUAAAGAAGACUCGCAUUCACGAUGAGUCUCCUAGUACCCUCACUGCUUCUGUCUGUGCCACCGAUGUUGAUGUCAUUGCUCAAGUUGCUGGUGCUGAUUGGAAUGGAGAAACAGUAGUUUAUGCUUAUAAGUCAGGUGAGGUAAUUCGGUUGCCAAAAGGUGGUUCAGUCCCUGUGAGUCUUAAUGUUCUGGAGUACGAGCUUUUCCAUUUCUGUCCUCUCAAGGAGAUCACAUCCAACAUCUCAUUUGCGCCAAUAGGCCUACUUGACAUGUUCAAUGUCAGUGCUGCUUUGGAGCAGGUUGAAAUCCAUUUGGCUUCUGACAAGAAACCAGAGCUAUCCAAUGGGGAAGAUACCAUUUCUCUCUGCGAGAAUGGAUCUCCAACUGCGACAAUUGGUCUCAAAACCAGAGGAUGUGGAAGAUUUGGAGCGUACCUUUCCCAGCGUCCACUGAAGUGCACUGUCGACAAUGCUGAGACUGAGUUCGAAUAUGACUCUGCAACUGGAUUAAUGACCAUUACUAUCCCAGUUCCAGACGAAGAGAUGUACAGAUGGUCAGUAGAGAUCCAAGUUUAA